AUGCACUCAUUACAGCAAUGGCAACCUGACGUCCAGAUUCUCGCUCACUUCUUCUGGAAAGUUGGCAGUCCCAUGCAAAGCAGUUUUAAAGGCUUUUUAUGCUCUCUUGCCUACCAACUAUUCGCUUUAGAUAAGAGGAAUGUCAUCGGUCGGCUCCAGAAGCAUCCUGACUGGUCCCGCAAGGCAGGACCUGGUGAUUGGGACAACAAUGAUCUCCAGUCUCUGGUUACUAGUCUUUUAGGCCUGUCAGCUAAGCCUUUUUGUCUUUUCAUUGACGGCCUCGACGAGCUCAUGGACGAUGAUGGGAACAAGCCAUACGAGUGCGACUGUGUCACGAACCAGACUUGA